UAUUGACAAAAGCUGUAUCAGUUCGCAGAGUGCGCUUCGACAGAGAGGUUAUCAAGUUUGCUUUGUGCUUUUGUGCUCGCUGGUACGACGCGUACAGUGAAACCACAGAGAGAUGAGCAGCGGACUGCCCUUCCGAUUCACCGAUGAGCGCACCGUCAAGUUUGUGGAACUUUACGGGCGGGAGCCUUGCUUGUGGAACAAGAGGCCCUACCUGAGGGGGGCAAGGAACGCAGCCUACAGGCGGAUCCUGGCCGGGAUCAAUGCCAAUAUUGAUCGGGGGGAAAACGAACUUUCCAUCCAGGGGGUUAAGAUGAAGAUCAAGAAUCUUAGAACCGGCUACCAUCAGGAGCUCAAGAAGAUCAAAUCGAACCCUAGACGCUAUCGUCCCAAGAUGCCCUGGUUCGCACCACUGCACAAGUUUCUGGCGGAGUUCGUAGACACGAGCGAGCACGAUAACGAAACUUGUGAAGCGCCGCAACUAAAGCGACUGUCUGUACGUCUCCACCGUCUGAAGCCCAUUAAGCUGCAGGAAGGGGUCAAGCUGGAGCCUGAGGAGAUCGUCACCACAGAGCCAGACAUUAUGCCAACAGCGCCGCCGCUGUUCACCGUUCUUCCCGUGACCAUGCCAAUUGAACAUCAUCCACCGACGCCACCGCCGUCUCUUCCAAAGGUACCAGAGGUCAGCGUGAUGCCGUCCUCACAUUCGGACCGAAGCGAGACCCGUGGCGAAGACGAGUUCACAUGCUUUGGUAUGAGCGUGGCUGCCCAGCUGCGUAAUAUGCCAAUCCCCAAUGCCAUGGUCAUGCAGUCUAAGAUCCAGUACAUACUCUCGAUGGAGCGUCGCAAGAUCACCGGACACGCGGGCGAUAUGAAUAUUUUUAACUAAUCCGACUACCUAAUCAAAAUAAUGAAAUGAUCGUUAGAUCAUUAUCUACAGAACUCUUAAAAUAUCAUUUACUACUUAGGUUGUGAUUUCGUUGAAGGUUUUUUACAAUUAGUUCUAUUACAGAAUACAAUUCCGUAAACUUUUGGAAGUUUUAUUUUGUUUAUUGAAUAAAAUUCAAAAAUUC